AUGUUCUCUGUGGUGCAUGUUUUCAUUUUUGUUUUAGCUACUCAGCCAUACGAGAAGCAGAAAAUAAAUAUAGUGAAAAAGCAAGUGACAGAGGACAUGCUGAAAGAAUAUGUUGAGAUAUUUAUCACUGAGACAGACACCAUUUUAUUGCUGGACAUGUACCCCACUUUUGUCUCCGUGGAAGUUGAUAAUGCAGAAUCUCUCAUAGAGAGAAAUCAUUGGUAUACGGGAAUUUGUAAGACCAGAACAAAAAACGCUAAGUAUGUGGAUCGAUCCAUGCAGACAUUAAACUUUGCAACAAAAAGCAAACAGCUCCAAAGCUACAACACCGUCAUGGUGGAAGCAGCCACCACUGUUUCCUAUUGUGAUAUACACCACAGCUCGGAGGAAGAUGGAAAAACAAACAGGCCUGAGAUUGACUAUGCAGAGGCUAUUCUGGAUGCUAACAAAAGUGCAGAAAGGAGCCUGUCAGUUGGCAGUACAUCUACUUAUGAACCAGACGGCUUUAAGCAUCCUCAGCAAGUGGAGCAGGAACAUGGGGAUAAAGAAGUUUGUCAAUCUCCAGCCCUGGAAUGUCUAUGGAUUUUCAGUUGUGAGCUUUGCAGAGGAUAUUGCAUCAGCAGCAUGGGUUGGAAUAAGAAGAAUCCGUGGCCUGAGCAUAUUAUCCAAUGUGAGAGUGCUGUGACUUCUCUGGAUUUCUCAGCCACCUGCCCCAGUCAGCUUGCUGUGGGGAUGUACGAUGGCAGCAUAGCUAUCUAUGACUUGCAGAGUCCAAAUAACAAGUUAGGUGUCAUCAAUAACUGUGAUUGCCCAAAUAAGCACUUUGGGCCAGUUUGGCAGCUCAGGUGGAACAAGCAAGAGCUAAACUUGAUAGGUGAAGAGAAGGAAGAGACUCUCUUCUCUGUUGGUGCAGAUGGCAGGAUCACCAAGUGGUUUGUCCUCAAUGGUGGCCUUGACUGUAUAGACCUGAUGAAACUUGACAAAAUCAGCAAUACAAAGAGGAAAUCUGGAGGAAACAAGACAAAGGAGACAAGAAAAAAAAUUCUGUCUGCAGUGACUCCCGGUCUGUGUUUUGACUUUCAUCCAACAGAUUACAGUAACUACUUGACAGGCACAUGGGAAGGUCUCAUCCACAGGUGCUCCUGUUCAAACAGUCAGCAGUCUUUGGAGACUUAUCAAAAGCAUUUUUCUGCUGUGAACUGUGUCGUAUGGUGUCCACUCCAUCCUGGUAUGUUUCUGAGCUGCGGAGCUGACUGGACCAUCCAUCUAUGGCAUCAGGACCGCCUGAACCCUAUAAUUUGCUUCACCUCUGCCCAUAGGGCCGUGUGUGACAUUAAAUGGUCCCCACAGAAGGCCACAGUAUUCGGAGUUGCUUAUGAGGGGCAGCUUGAAAUCUGGGACCUGAGUUCAAAUUUACUCGACCCAGUCAUAAUAGAGCCUGCUGCUCCUGGCGUGAAGAUGACAUCUCUGAUGUUUGCCUCAGAGACAGACUGUAUUGUUGUUGGGGACAGUGAUGGACAUGUGACUGUCUAUCAAAUCAAGAAUCUCGGUGUUGGGAAGAGAAGCCAGAUGGACGUUCUGGACAACCUCCUCCGCUCUGCAUUUUCCACAUAACUACAAGAGAGUGAUGAUACCCAUGUGUCAUAUGGGGCUAUGUUAAAAAUUCUACAUCUUUGAUAUGAAGAGUGGGCAUUGCAGUGACGAUUGGGCUUCUUUUCUGAUCUUACAGUCAUUUUUGUUGAGAAAAUGUGGAGUCUCCAAAGUGUACUUAGCAUCAUAGGAUAACAGCAAAUCACAUAAAUGAAAUGUCAGAAAAUGCAUUUGAUGUAUUUUAUAAAAUAACUAACAAUUAUUAAACUUAAUAGUCGCUUCUUUGUCUCUCACCAUUUAAAAAUGUUUUACUCUCCAGGUUUACCUUAUUGUCGGACUGAGUAUAAUUCUUUUUCAACACAAUAGAAAAAAUAACU